UGAAAAAGGAAAAGGAAAAACCUCUCUAGAAAUUUCCCCUUCCCCGUAUAAAUCCCCCACCUCGCCCUUUCUCCCAAAUCGCACAGCUACGAAAACCCUAGCGAAUCGAGAGUAAAAAAAAAAAAAAAAAGUCCCUACAUUAGAUUGCGAGCGAUUCGAUCGCCAUUGAUGGAGGUGAUGAUGGGCUUCGAGGACCCGAUGCUCUUCUCGACGCUGCAGCAACUGAUGGACAUCCCGGAGGAGGUGGAGAAGGCCUUCAACGCGCCGACGCGCGCGUACGUGCGCGAUCGCAAGGCCAUGGCGAACACCCCCAUGGACGUGAAGGAGCUCCCCUCGGGGAAGCUGGUGCUCACCGUGGACAUGCCCGGGGUGAACCCGAGCGACGUCAAGGUGCAGGUGGAGGAGGGCAACGUGCUCGUGAUAAGCGGGGAGAGGAGGAGGGAGAAGGAGGAGAAGGGCGCGGCGGAGGGAGAGGAGAAGGACAAGGACAAGGAGAAAGAAGGAGGCAAGUACCUGCGGAUGGAGAGGAGGAUGGGGAAGUUCAUGCGCAAGUUCCCGCUUCCGCAGAACGCGAAUUUGGACUCCAUAUCGGCGUCGUACAAGGACGGGGUGCUCACCGUCACCGUCGAGAGGAUGCCCCCGCCGGAGCCGAAGAAGCCGAAGAGCAUCGAGGUCAAGGUCAACUGAGAGAGAGAGAGAGAGAGAGAGAGAACCUGAGAGAAUUGUGGGAAAUGGAGGUGGUGUUGCGAGUGUAAUGAGCGUGAGGAGGAUGCUCUGCCAAGGUGGAAUGCGUUUGUCGUUGUUUAAAUAGCUGCUUUUGCUGUGUUAUUCAGAGUCUGUUAAUAGCGUGUUGAGUGAAAAGUACAAAAUAAAAUAAAAGGUUCUCUUGUUGGGUGUGUCUUCUGUCUCA